GUUCAACUGCAACACGCGUUCCCCUCCACGCACCCACCGCCCUCCAGAACAGUCAACACUUUGAAAACAGCAUCUUUUGGUUCGCCGGUUAUUUUGACCGUUUAAUUAAGCGAAAUUAGCUAAACAGCAAAUCAGCCCAUCUUCUACGUGCAAAAACAGCGUGCGGAGGACGGCCACAUCUCCGACCGAAAAACAAGUGGAUCUCUGUGGAUAAGAUCACCGGGCAGCCAUGGAAGAACUUACGGCUUUUGUAUCCAAAUCUUUUGACCAGAAAAGCAAAGAGAGCAGCAGCGGCAGUGGCAGCAGCAACAAGAAGGAGACGAUCACGUACAGGGAAGUUUUGGAGAGUGGGUUGGCUCGCUCUAGGGAGCUUGGAAACUCUGACUCUAACCUGCAGGACAUGACUGAGAGCAGCAACCAUUGCCCGGUGCAUCUUUUCAAAGACCACGUAGAGAGCGACAAGGACAAACUGAAGGAGUUCAGUACGGGCAGGACGGCGGAAGGGAUCUACGAGUGCAAAGAGAAGAGGGAAGACGUGAAGUCAGAAGAUGAAGAUGGACAGACCAAGCUCAAACAAAGGAGAAGCAGAACCAAUUUCACACUAGAGCAGCUGAAUGAGCUGGAAAGACUUUUUGAUGAGACUCACUAUCCAGAUGCCUUCAUGAGGGAGGAACUAAGCCAGAGGCUGGGACUGUCUGAAGCUAGGGUUCAGGUCUGGUUCCAGAACAGGAGAGCAAAGUGCCGAAAGCAGGAAAACCAGAUGCACAAAGGUGUGAUCCUGGGAACCGCCAGCCAUUUAGACGCCUGCAGAGUGGCCCCCUAUGUGAAUAUGGGAGCCCUGAGGAUGCCUUUCCAACAGGUCCAGGCGCAGCUGCAGCUGGAGGGCGUGGCCCACGCGCACCCGCACCUGCACCCGCACCUGGCGGCCCACGCGCCCUACCUGAUGUUCCCACCGCCCCCCUUCGGGCUGCCCAUCGCUUCCCUGGCGGAAUCCGCCUCCGCCGCAGCCGUGGUGGCAGCCGCCGCCAAGAGCAACAGCAAGAACUCCAGCAUCGCCGACCUGCGGCUGAAGGCUCGCAAGCACGCCGAGGCCCUGGGGCUCUGACACGCUCCGGCCGACCACCCCCUCCCUUCUCCAUUCCGCCCCGGGGGCGACCCGCACGGACCGCCGCUCGCCUUCUCCCCCCUCGGCUCCUCCUCCCUCCUCUCCGGC